AAUGAAUAGUGGAUUAAUUAUAUAACUGUAACUAUAAUUUAAUGCAGAAAUAAGCAGGUGAGUGUAUUUUGCAGACAUGUCCAGCAGCAGCACUUUGACUCCAGAGCAGCAGAGGAAGAUUGAAGAGAACAGACAGAGGGCACUGGCCAGGAGGGCACAGAGACUGGCACAGGGGCACCAACCACCAGUCCACCCUGUACCUGCACCAUCCAAACCAUACCGACCCCCUCGGACCCAUCCAACAGGAGGAAAUGCCAAGUACAAGCCCAUCUUUCCUGUCCCCAAACCUGCAGCCAACAGUGCAGCUCCUGCAAAACGGACGCAGCUCAUAGAUCCGCUUCCCAUUCCGAAAUGGACCGCUUCAGCUUCAGCUUCAGCUCCUUCAACCAGUCUCGAACCCCCCAAGCCCAGACCUGAUGCCGCUGUGUCCUCCGAACCCAAGUCCACCGGGACGGUGGGGAGCUUUUAUGGACAGGGAGGCGUGAAGCCCUUCCCUCAGGGUUCAGAGAAGCCCACACCCAAACCGUUCGAAGCGUCCGGCUCGGCUGUACCUGCCAAGAAGCCGGCGGUCAGUGUGAGAGGAAAGUGUGUACUUCAUUCUGACCAGCGCUUCAGAGUGGAGGUCAGCUACCACGCAGAGCUCAUCAACGUGUUUAAGAGCAUUCCGUCCAGAAGCUACGAUCCAGCCAGUAAGAUGUGGAACUUCAGCCUUCAGGACUAUGAACAUCUGAUGGAGGAAGCAUCCGGUCUCCCCUCGGUGUCUUUAAAACCUCUGGAGGGGACGGAGGGUUUGGAUCUGUCGUCCUCCGGCUCUCGGCCCAAAGACGCGGCGGCCCUGGCGGCCUUGAUAAAGCUGUGCCAGGGUUGGCAGAAGCCGGGCGCUCUGGUGAAGGGCAGAUGCACCCUGGUCUCUCGCUCCCGUCUGGAAGUGGACGUCACGUAUAAUGCAGAUGUGAUCAGCGCGUUUAAACAGAUGCCCUCCAAAAAUUACGAUAUGAAAACAAGAAAGUGGAGCUUCCUGCUGGAGGAUUAUGGAAAGCUGAUGGAGGCUCUGAACGACAUUUCGGCGGUGGAGAUCGAACCCUUACCGCGUGCUGUGGUCCAGGCCCUCUCCUCCCAGUUUGAGAAGACGGGAACGAGACCCGAUGAAAUCCCGGAGGCCGAUCUCUCGGGCGUCGACCCGGUCCUCACGCGCAGCCUCAUGCCCUUCCAGCAGCACGGCGUCAACUUUGCAGUGUCCAGAGAAGGCCGGCUGCUCCUGGCUGAUGAUAUGGGUUUGGGUAAGACGGUGCAGGCCAUCUGUAUCGCAGCUCACUACAGGACAGAGUGGCCGCUGCUGAUAGUCACGCCAUCGUCUGUCCGCUUCACGUGGGCCGAGGCGAUCCGGCGCUGGCUGCCCUCGGUAUCGGCAGACCGCAUUAACGUGGUGGUGACGGGGAAGGACCGCCUCCGCUCCGGGCUGGUCAACAUCAUCAGCUACGACCUGCUCAGCAAGACGGGCAAGCAGGACGGGGCCGCUCAGUUUGGAGUGCUCAUUAUGGAUGAAUCCCACUUCCUGAAGAACAGUAAGACGGCUCGGUGCAGGGCCGCUCUCCCUCUGCUAAAGGCUGCUAAGCGAGUGAUCCUGCUCUCGGGGACCCCCGCCAUGUCCCGGCCGGCCGAGCUCUACACCCAGAUUCAGGCUGUGAGACCCACGCUGUUCCCUCGCUUCCACGACUUCGGAGUGCGCUAUUGUGACGCUAAGCAGCUCCCGUGGGGUUGGGACUACUCGGGCUCCUCUAACCUGGCCGAGCUGAAGCUGCUGUUGGAGGAGUGUCUCAUGCUGAGGCGGCUGAAGUCCGACGUGCUCUCGCAGCUCCCCGCCAAGCAGCGGAAAGUCGUCACGGUCACCACAGAUGGCAUCAACUCGCGAACCAAAGCUGCCCUCACUGCCGCAGCCAAAGAGCUCGCCAAGGGAUGCCGCAAUAAGAUGCAGGAGAAGGAGGCGCUGCUGGUCUUCUUCAACCACACAGCAGAAGCCAAGAUCAGGGCAAUCAUGGAGUACAUAUCGGACAUGCUGGAGUGCGGGCGUGACAAGUUCUUGGUGUUCGCUCAUCACAAACGGGUCCUGGACAGCAUAAGUAAAGAACUCGCUGAUAAGGGAAUCGGCUAUAUCCGUAUCGACGGCUCCACGCCCUCGGCCGAGCGGCAGCAGCUGUGCGAGAGGUUCCAGUUCUCGGGGAAGAGCUGCGUGGCCGUGCUCUCCAUCACCGCCGCCAACAUGGGCCUGACGCUGCACGCCGCCGACCUGGUGGUGUUCGCCGAGCUCUUCUGGAACCCAGGGAUAUUGAUCCAGGCUGAGGACCGAGUGCACCGAAUCGGUCAGACACGGUGUGUGGAAAUUCACUACCUGGUAGCUAAAGGCACGGCCGAUGAUUACCUGUGGCCCAUGAUCCAGGAGAAGAUGAACGUCCUGGAGCAGGUCGGCCUGUGCGAGUCCAACAUUUCGGACAAGGCGGAGUGCGCUAGCUUUCACAGCAAGGACCCUAAGCAGCGGCGCAUCACCGAGAUGUUCGAGAGGUCAUUCUCUGAGGAGGACAUGGACGAAUCGGUGCUGCUGGAAGCCGUGAGCGACUGGGAGGACGCCGACCACACCCACUCAGCCAGCCAUCAGAACCACCAGGUCUCUGAGAGCCCCAGCAAGAAACGGCUCAUCGAGGAUUAUUUCAGCAAAUAAACUCAACUAUAAUAAUAAAUAAUCUCACUCGUAUGAACGUUCUGUUUUUAGGAAGUUCGGACCUUUUUAUCAUCAUGAGCAGGAAAUAACGUCCCCUUAGUUUGUCCCUGAUUAGUUUUUAAGAAAAGGGAAUAAAUAUUUGUACAGUUUAUUUAGAGAAAAUAAAGAGUUAUUAAUAAAGAGUUGAUGUUUAGAA